AAAGGAAAGUUGGGGAUGAGAAGUUCGUAAAAGGGAAGUUGGAUAUUUGGUGGACUCUUCAUCUUUCGUCUUCCUCUUCCCUCACCUCAUCAAAAGAUCCGAAGCCGAAACUCUCAAGAAACACAGAGAGGAAGAGCCUACUAUUCUAUUCCAACUGUUUCAGAUCUGAACGAUUUGUCAGAAAAGUCUGUUCGAUUGGUAAUCGGAGCUGGGUUUUGCGUUUAACGAAGUUUCAAAGUCAACGGAUAUGCCGGAGGAGGAGUCGGUAGAUAUCAAAUUCAGGCUCUACGAUGGCUCCGACAUCGGACCCUUCCACUACUCGUCUUCAUCGACCGUCGACUUUUUGAAGCAAAGGGUCGUCUCUGAUUGGCCCAAAGGCAAAACAGUUGUUCCGAAGGGGAUAAACGAAGUGAAGUUGAUUAGUUCGGGUAAGAUAUUGGAGAAUAGCAAGACUGUUGGUCAGUGUAAGACACCUUUUGGAGAGGUUGCGGGUGGAGUCACUGUGAUGCAUGUUGUUGUACAGCCUUCUCUUGCCAAAACUAAAACAGAGAAAAAGGUCGACAAAGCACCCAAGGCGGUUAUAUGCACAUGCACCAUUUUGUGAAAGGAGCAAGACAUGUAUCAUACAUACCAAUCUCAAUUCUUCAAGUACAGAAGAAAACAAAAAGUUAAGUAAAGUAAAAGUAAAGCUUCCCCUUUAAGCUGUGGAGUAUCAUCAUCAUAACCUCGAAAUCAAAGCUUUGAAUGUGUAGAAAAUGAUUUAGAUUCUUUUGAAUUACCCAUCAUCUGUUGUUGUCCCUUGUUUGUUUUUGUCCACACUAUCUGGUAUACUUCAUUCGUGUCUGUACUGUAAUAAACAGAAGUUGUAUAGGUUACUUUAGCUCUAAAAUGAUUAUGUGUGAUGAAGAUGAUUAUGUAUCUAUGAAAGAAAAGAAGAAGUGUCUUUAUUCCUUGUCAUC